AUGGAGGCGAAGGCAGCGGAGCUACUGGCGGCCUUCAAGAACCCCAACUUGUCUGUUGAUUCAAAGAUCGCCUACCUAUCUAGCGUCAAGUCCGAUAUCAAACAAAAAAAUGUCCCCGAGGGAGCGAUUCGUACCAUUUUCGAAACAUUGCGCCUCGCCAUCAGCUCCCAACACUACUCUGUUCUCGGGGCGGGGUUCUCCACACUUGGCCAUCUCUUGAAGCGCCUUGCAAUCCAAGACCAGGAGCAAUGGAUUGUCCACCACGCUCAAGGCUUGUAUCCUAUUCUCCUCGAUCGUCUCAAUGACCCCAAAGAACGUAUAAGAGCCCAGGCCGCAUCGAUAUUCACUGAAUUGUGGCCAUUUGCAGGUAACGAAGUCGAAUAUCAUGUUCUGGAAGUUGCACUGGUUGGGAAAAAUCACAGAGCGAAAGAAAUGGGCAUGCUUUGGUUGGCAAAUAUGACGAAGAACCAUGGUUUGUUGUUCCGUCAAUAUGUCCCAUCCCUGGUUUCUUGCUUAGAGGACGCCGAUAGCGCCGUUCGAGAUACGGCGAAGUUGGUUGUGAUCGAUCUGUUCCGAAACGGCCCUGCAAGAGCGAAGUCCGACCUGCAAAAGCAAAUGGCGACACGCGGUGUGAGGAAAUCCAUCGCAAAUGCUGUCCUCACGGGCAUUGGUUUAGGAUCCGUUGAACCCGACACUGCAUCCUCUACGCGUCCAAUGUCUCGGGCUGAACGCUCGAUUUCGGUGAUGUCGUCACGUUCACAUGCUAUGGAACAGACUGAUGAUGAGAUGGAGCCUGUAAAGAGCCGUCCAGCAUCCAGAGCGCAUCGUGAGCGACCGACAGCCUCCUCCGCACCUACAGAGCCACCAAUUGUUAACCGACCCCGCACACCGGCCCCGACGCCAGCACCACAGCAACCGUUGCCAGAUGAUGAUGGUCUGGAACCGUUCGAUGUUGCCUCGGCGAGGGAUGUCGAUGAUCUUGUGCGCGAUAUGCUCCCCUGGUUCGAAGGAAAGGAAUCCGAGGACAAUUGGUCAAAGCGUGAAAAGAAUGUGAUUCUUUUCCGCAGACUGACUCGAGGAAAUGCGCCACACGACUUCUCCCAGACCUAUAUCAAUGCAGUAAAGACACUCCUUGAUGGUAUCUUGAAGGUUCUCAACUCUCUACGAACCACAAUGUCUAGCAACGGCAGUCUUUUAAUCCAAGAUAUUGUCCGAACAUGUGGCCCUAGAAUUGACUCAGUGGUCGAGAUUAUUAUGCAGAACCUGUUGAAGCUUUGCUCGGCGUUGAAAAAGAUUGCCGCCCAAAACGGAAAUGCCACCGUUGAAGUCGUCAUUCAAAAUGUUUCAUUUAGCAUUCGCCUCCUGCAGCAUAUCUCUUUCGCAGCACAGGAUAAAAAUGUUGGAGUGCGUCUGUUCGCCACGGGGUGGCUAAAGAUUUUGAUCAUCCGCCAAGCUCAUCAUAAAAGCGCCGUCGAACAUGGCGGUGGCCUUGAUCUCAUCGAGAAGUCAAUUACGAAAGGAUUGGGGGAUGCGAACCCUGGUGUGCGUGAAGCAAUGCGGAGCACCUUUUGGACGUUCUAUAUCGCGGAACUUGCUGGAAAAGGAUUCAUCGAACCCCAACCCCCUUCGAAAGGUGCACCUUCAUUGCCUGCAAAGAGCCCCGCUAAGAGCCGCUCCGCUUUACAAGAAGCUAUUGCUGCUCGGAAGAAGGCCCAGAUGCCUUCUAGACCCGAGUCGGCUCAGCCAACCUUUGCUGAGGCGAAGCCACCUGCCCCUCCCUCCAAGUCCACUCGGAGUGUCCCAACUGGGGCUCCACUCUCGUCUCUAUCUUCUGCGCCUAUGAGACCCGCCAUGAAGCCUAGACGGGCAGAAAUCAGUCGUCCUGCAACUGCAGACCCCUAUGCUCGUCGCCCUGAUUCACGAGCCCAGACUAGUAGUGCCAAUUCUACCCAAUCUACCCGGCAAUCAACCACUUCCCCAAGGGCUGUGAGGUCUAAACCAUCAACACCUACAUCAAAGGUUCCCCUAACGGCGCCUCGCACGCGCCCACAUGAAUCGGCACAAGCUGCUACAACAAAGGGCAGACCGAAGAAACUCGAUUUGUCCAAGUCCAAGUCUCACAAUGAUCUUAUGGCCGCGAGUCGUGCUCGCAGCGACUCGAACGAAAGUCUGGCAAAUCAACCAUCUGCAAGAACCCCCCGUCAGGAAAGUUACCUCAGUGCAUCCGAGGAUCAACGUUCCCCCGCAUCCGUCGCGUUGGAAAGUCCUCCCCUCAAUGCAUCACAGCCUCUUCUGUACGCAGCACCGCAUGGCCCUCACGCCGAUUCAGUCCCUGUUGAAGAACCAGAACCGAUGAUACUGGAGGAACCUGUUGUUGCCGCACCUCCACCUCAUGUCCCCGAACCAAAUUUUGCGGUAUCUCCCGCACCCGUGUCUCCUGCUCACCAGCAUUCAGAUCUGGACUUCGGUUCUGGCCCUGUAUCUGCUGUGAAAGCCCAGCCUGAGUCAAUGGUGAUCUACGAAGAUCCUACCACGCCCACUGCAGACAGACAUGAGACUCCUGACUACGCCGCUUCGGUGGGACAUUUUACCCCUGGAAAGUCGUCCCCCAGCCGCCCUGAUCAACCCGAACAAGGCGAAGCAGCAGAGGCUCAACCCAUCGCGGAGGAUACCUCAGUCCCGGUAGUCGCCCCAGCUAGGAUGCCUACGCCUGAUUUGGCCCCUAGGCAGGAAUCUGGUAUGAACUUUGAGGUUCGAACUCCAUCUCCAACACGCCGGGCGCCGCUUCAACCAAGCCCGUCACCAACGAGGGGCCGUGUCCAGCCAGCGGCUUCUAAUAUUAUGGGUAUUGAGGCUGUGCUUCCCCAAGAGCAUCAUGUGGGAACGAACAGGACCGAUGGCAACAAUGAGAAUGCGACUCCACACCUGGCCAAGACUGUAGACUUGCCCGCGGUCCCGCGGUCUGCAGCUAAGCCGAGUGCCCUCGAAGAAGUGACGGCAAACGAACCUACACCGCGUUCGCCAGAAGCGAGACAGAGAUCAGCUGAGUCGAUACCUCCAUCACUCUCCCAGUCGACGUUGUCCCAAUCAACAAUGUCUGAAGAUUCCACCCGACGCACCCGAAAGUGGGUUGAUCGUCACCGCAGCCCUAGCCCACGUUCGAAGGACCCGGCCAAUGCUAAGGAAAUGAUCCAUAAAGGCCUCGCUCGUAUUAUCUCGAGAACCAUGGAGCCCUCGGGAUAUCGGAAGCUACAGGGACUCAUCCAAUACCACGGCGAUGAGAUUGUGUCCCAAAGCCAGGACUACAAUGCAUUGCUGGAAGCUCUAUUUGCGGAACUGGAAGCGACCCCUUCCAACCGCAAGGAUCAUGACGUGAAAACCCAGGUUUUGGCCACUAUCCGCUCCAUGCUCCUACGGACCCGCGAGCAUUUCCACCCCUAUGACACUCGUGCUAUGGCAGCUAUUAUCCGUGCCCGUCGCCACUACGAGUCCACUUCCCACUUUGUCACUUGCCUAGAGGAAGUGGUAGAUAAACUGGUGUUUUUGACCUUGCCCCAGACGGCGAUCGUUGGUGUUCUGCAGGGAUUGGAUCUUGGAGCAGACGCAGAGAAUGAUGAGACGUACCGGUCCACUAUCAUGAGCUUGAGUACUAUCCAGCAGUCGCUAUCGCGCCCCUGUGUUGACAUCGAUGAUGAGCUCCUGGCUCGCAUUGGUGCUGUGGUGAUGCAACAGCUUGGACACCCGCGUCCCGGUGUCAGGAAGAACGCCACUGAACUCUGCACAUUCUUGAACAUCACCUUUGGAUCCGAGCGAGUGCAAAAAGUCACCCAGCCUCCUCGUGAAGGAUCCCUUAACCUCCUGACCUACUUCAUGGCCCGACGGACCCAGUAA